AUGUCGAAUCCGUUCAACUUCCAGUUCACCGAUGGUGGUGACUUCACAGACCCAUGGCAAGACGACAACGCAGACACAGGAUACUUUGGCAACAACGGCUUUGCAGGUACGGCAUCCCCAGAGCACACGUUCGCCGAGGAACAGUCAGAAAUGAAUCUGGGAACGCUGGAGUUUCUGACUGCUGCAGAUCCCUUCAAGCCGGACAUGGCAAUGACUCAGGACAACGGAAUGGGCAUUGAUCUUGCGCUUGACUGGUUGGUGUCAGAUACAUCGAACAAUCAACUUUCAAGUACCAGUCUUCAGAGCAAUGCAAUCUUCCCCUCGAACAACGACCUGCCGCUUCUCCCAUUCGGCCAACAAAUCCCAGCUUACAGUCUCCAGCAGCAUGUAGACCAGAACAACGACCAGGAUGAUCCCUUUUCUGCCUAUCCUCCUCUUGGCUUUGACGAUGGCACCAACUCUCUUCCUUACGGCCAGCAGUUCCUCCAGCAGUCCAGCCGGGCUCUUCCUCUGACGACAGGUAACCAGAUCUUCAGCACCAGUUUCUUUGAACCUGCUUCAGAAAAACAUCUCCAGUCUGACAACUAUCAACGCCAAAGCACCGCCGACUCCGAGACCGCACCCGAGGCCCCGAAAGUCAGCCUCAACAGAGCGGCCAAACGAAGAGGAGACCCCAGCUGUGACCCAUCUCGUCACUACACCGCGAAUCUCGUCAACGUUUCUCCCUGGGGCAGCCGAAACUGGAACGGAAACCACUUGUUCAGCUACACUCCAAAGGGACAGUGGCUGCGAGACCGGUGCUUCAACAAGAAGCAGCUCCAAGAGUACGUCGACAACUGCUCAAAGGAGACCGUCUUCUGGGUCCAGCAGGCGCCCACGCAGUGCAACCACAGACUAGAUCCAGAAGACAGGGUCUGCCGCUGGGCGAACUGCCCCGUCGCCAACAGGACCAUUGCCGCGGGAUGGCUUCGUGUCGCCUUCGACGAGUUCCCUCAUCUUACGUCCAACGGGCUCCGCGAUCCGCUCAAGUGCGCCGGCUCAAUGCAUCUCUGGUGUUUCGAGCAGGCCUUUGACCCUUUGAAGUUCCAUCUGGCAGGCCGCCUGCGUGCCGAAGACAGAGAGUUCCCUUUGGAGGACAAGAGCGUGGUGACACUGGAGAAGUUGACCGAUGCCGGCAUCAUACGGGAGGCUUAUCAACCAUGGUUCAUGCAGAGAAUGCGCCACCCCAACCAGCCGCCCCGAGAAUAUCGAGACACGCUGUCCUAUCAACUAACCAGAUACCACGUAGACAACCAAACGGCGGCUCGGCAAAAGGCGCGAUCGAAGCGGAACACUGCCAAGUCUGCAGAUGAGCGGAGGACCAUCGAUGUGCACCUGGGGAAUUUGCAGCUGUUUGUCGAGAUCACGAACAAGGUCAAGAAGUCGAAGAAGGCCAGAAAGCUUCAAAGAGCCAGGGUCGAGGAUGAUGAAGACUCGAAUCCUGCUUCGCAGGCAUGGAGGAACGGGGACCCAAUGGCCGCGACAAACUGGUAUCCGGAGCAGAGUCAAGGGGAAUUUCUCUCUCUAUUGGGGCUCUCUUCCGGUAGCAUCCAGAGGAGGGAAGUGAACACGCCUCACUCGAAUGCUAUGCUCAAGCCCAACAUGAGUAGCAGGCCUCCGAGCUUUUUCGACCCCUUGAACCCAGGUCGCAAUGCAAUGCAGUCGUCCUUUCAGAGACCAGUCGCCACCAGCCUCCUUCAGAACAGCCUCACCGGGAUCCCCAAUCAUACCUACUCUCAGACGGUCACAGGAGCAAGGUUCAACAAGGCAAUCCGAGGCCAACCUCGCCAACUUCUCAGACCCGUCACCACACAAAACUUACAACAUAGUAUCCCUUCUGGGACGACGGUGCCUUGUCAGGUACAAACACCACAACCGACGAGACGCCUGAACAAUCAGCCAAACUCCAGUCUCGCGACUCAGCCGAACGUCUUCCUCAAGCACGAACCAUCUUGGACUCCCUUCGAGUCGUCGCAGUCGGUUGGAGGCAGCAGUGGUACGGGCUUCUUUGACUCACAACAAGGGAGCAGCCCGCGCCAAGAGGAACUGAAUCUUGCAGACUUCAUUGACCCUAGUUUGUUUGGGGAUGAGCCGGUGGUUGGCCAGCAUCACGAAGAAGCCGUCGUUGAAGCAAGUGAUGAGUCUGCGGCCCAACCAAUGCUGGAAUCCAUUGAACUUCAGCCUCAAGGAAGCGUGGACGGCGUUGUGAGCCCGCAGACUGCAGCCUCAUCACAAUAUUGGGAUGGCCUCGACAGUCUCGUGGAUACAGCCGGGUUUGGUGGCUUUGACGACUCUUCUUUCCCCUCUCUGUUCGACGGGGUUGACGAGAGAGCCACAACUCUCACUGGCGUCGUCAGCAUAAGCAGUUCCGAGGCGAGCGGCUCACAAGGUAAGAAUCUCGGCCACAAGUACGACACACGAAGCCGGCAAAACAGCAAAAGGCGACGCACAGAUACCUCUUGA